AUGACUGAGGAAAUUCACCUUGUACAAAGAUUGCUAAAGCAAUAUAUAAAGAGGAAGAGAGAUCUUCACAUGGUGUUUAUUGACUUGGAAAAGGCGUAUGAAAAGGUCCCUAGGGAUGUUCUUUGGAGAUGCUUGGAGGCAAGAGGGGUUCCUAUAGCAUAUAUUAGAGUGAUUAAUGAUAUGUAUGAGGGGGAGAAGUCUCGAGUAAGGACGGUGGGAAGAGAUUCUGAGAACUUUUCGGUCUUGACAGGUUUACAUCAAGAAUCGGCUCUUAGUCUGUUCUUAUUUGCUGUGGUGAUGGAUGUGCUGAUGUGGAGUUUACAAGGCGAGGUCAUAACCCCUCUUUUCUAA